CGCAGCCCGGGGACUUCGGUGAUCUGAUACGGGGGGCGUGUCGUGACCCCGCGGUGGGUGAUGCAGACCGCUUCGCCAGGAAAGUAAACACACCAUUCCGUCAAGAUGGCCCCGCUGCCCGUGUUCCGAGUGGCGCUCCUGGUGUCGUUUUCGGUGUUUCUGACGGUUGUGUUGGGUUUGGGGCUGCCGGCUCUGCUGAACGCAGCGAUGAGGAUGUUGGGAUUACCGGAGACGAGUGUCACCGAGUGCAUUGUUAUGCUGUAUUUACUUUUUGUGCUGUAUGUUGCGACGCCCCGGAUUCCCAGAGGACUGGUGGAGGUGAAGCAGAAGGCUGUGCUGGUUACAGGUUGUGACAGUGGAUUUGGUCAUGCACUUGCCAAACAUCUGCACAAGCUUGGCUUCACCGUCUUCGCUGGAUGCCUUCUUAAGGAUAAAGGCGGAGAGGGUGCGAACAAACUGGAGGAAUUUCAUUCAGAUCGCAUGAAGGUGGUCCAGCUGGAUGUCUGCAGUGACGAGCAGGUGAACCAGGCUGUGGAAUAUAUCAAAGACAACCUGGCUGACGCAGAAAGAGGUCUGUGGGCUGUGGUGAACAACGCUGGAGUGUCAACGUUUGGAGAAGUAGAGUUUACGUCCAUGGACACCUACAAGCAGGUGUCAGAGGUCAACCUGUGGGGCACGAUCAGGGUCACCAAAGCUGUUCUGCCAUUAAUCCGCAAGGCCAAAGGCCGUGUUGUGAACCUGGCCAGCAUGUACGGGAGGAUGGGAAAUGUCAUGCGGUCGCCUUAUUGUGUGUCCAAAUACGGCGUGGAAGCUUUUUCUGAUUGCCUUCGCUAUGAGAUGAAAGCCUGGGGAGUAAAAGUGUCCGUAGUCGAACCGGGGAACUUCAUCGUGGCCACUGGCAUCCUGACCCGUGACAUUGUGGCCAGCACGGCCAAUAAGCUCUGGAGUGAGGCACCCUCGCACGUGAAGGAGGAUUAUGGGAAAUCCCACUUCCAGCACUACAUGGCUCUGAUGCGUUCUUACUGCAACAGCGGGCAGAAGGAUGUGGCCCCUGUUCUGGAAGACAUCACCGACGCCGUCAUGUCCAAGCGUCCUUACACACGAUACAACCCCAUGGAGCCUCACUGGUGGAUCAGGGUGCAGCUCAUGACCCAUCUGCCCAGCGCCAUAUCCGACUUCCUGUACUUUUAAACGGGAAGUUGUGCAAGCGCCCUCCGUUUCAAACCCUUCGGAUCACAGAUAGCAGCAUAUUCCUCAACUAUGUAGCACUACGCAGAUCUACAAACUCACCCUCGGGGGGGGUCUCUGCUAUGCAUUCCUCAGCACUUGCAAUCACUCACUGAUCAAACAGUUUUUUUUAAAACUCCCAAGUGCACUUUUUGUAUGUCAAACAGAAACCAUAACUAUCUAUACAGAUAUAUUCCGUGAUAAGUAGUAACUACUUUGUGUUGGAUAUCUGCAGGGCUAUGACACUCGUAGCUAUAAAUACUGCGUCAUUAUUGCUUGUGUUUCUAUUUAGAAAAAAAAAAUUUUGGAUUGUGUUUGUCCCCUUAUAUCUUUUCUUUUUAUUUCCCUAUGAUACUUGUAAUGUUUUGCCUUAUGGGAAUCUUUUGGUGCCCCACUGGUACGAGGACCAAAGCUGGUAGAGCUCAAGAGAAGGCCCCUGCUGGUCUGUUGUGGCUGACGCCGGAACAAGCCAAGGUCGGCUACUGUAAGACCGUGGUGAGAUUUGGCUCGACUCGCCCCAAAGUUACGUAACAACCAACACAAGCCCACUUUGUCUCACAUGCGGCAUGAGAUCCUGCGUGCCACUUCGACAGUGAGGUUGAUUGAUGUGGUUAAUGGGCAUGAUUGAACGCGAAGGCCCCUCCCGUCCCACCCUCCUUGGUGGAAAAGCAUUUUGUACAAAGAAUAAUGUGAAUGAAUAGAGCAUUUUAUUUUGCAAAAUACUACAAUCGCACUUUCAUUUUCUUCUAAGAAUGAUUUGAAAUAAAGUGACCAAAAUGCGA